CUGUCCGUGGCUGCUGUACACUGCACUUGACCGCCGUGCACGAUUGUACAGUAAAAUUGUCACUAUUUAUCAGCUUUUCAAAUCUUUGAUUGAUAAUGCUAGCUGCCGUACUUCAACCUAUUGCUCGUAGAGUCCAGACAAAGCAGCUCGUUUCCCUUUGCCGUUCGUCUUUGUCGACCAUGGAGACAAACAAAUACAAAGCAACCAUCGUUAACAUCUCACCUGUGUUACGUCUGCACAAAUUCAAGGAGGAGGAAAAUGCCCCGGUCACACUCCUCAUGCCUUGGGCCACAGCAACUGAGCGCGCCUUGGAUCGCUUCCGCAUGCUGUACGCCGAACGGGGAUUUAAUGUCUUGACCGCCUAUGCCAAACCCAUCAAUUUCAUCUGGCCUAGAUCCUCCCAACCCGUCGCAGCUGAGAUCGUUGAAUUUCUCCGCACCAAGACCGGCAAGGCGCCAAUCGUCGUCCACGCUUUCUCAAUAGGGGCCUUCAUGUACGCGAACGUGCUUACCUACAUUUCCGAACACCCUGAUGAGUUCUCUGCGUUAGAACCACGAAUCCGUGGCCAUGUUUUCGACAGUAUUGUCUUUGGCACCCUGAAAGAAUUACGAGUUGGAAUGGGGUCAUUGCUAACAAGAAGAUGGAUCUUACAACAGCUCAUCGCAAUGGGGACUAGCGUCUACUUUUACUUAACCUACAGCAACACGGUCACGAUCUAUGAUCAGUUGAUCGACAUUUUCUGGAAGAACCCUUUCAAGACGUCGGUACUGUUUUACUAUUCGCUCAUCGAUCCCAUGUGCAAGAGGGAUUCCAUUGAGCGCUUCAUUGCAAAUUGGAAAGAGCAGACCAGCCAGCCUGCUCACUAUCUUUCCACGCCCGAUGCAAAACAUGCCGAGAUUUUUCGAGCAAUACCAGAUAAAUAUAAAGACACGUUGUUCAAGUAUUUGGACACUCUGAAGCUGGAACAGCAAUCAAGUCCAACACAUUCUAAGCUCUAGGUACACUGUAGGGGCCAAGACAUUGUUGAAGAUAGGCAGUUACAUUGUACCUACCACUGCGGGAGGACGUCAUCACAAGGAACCGCUGUUAUCCAUGAACCGCCAGCAACAAUGUCUUGAGAAUCCUGAGGCAUUUGUGCAAUGCAUGCGCACUUGGGCGUCGAUUGGUGCUUUUAAACUCACUCACUCACUCACACACUCUGUCGACCCAAGUGGAAGCUUGAGUCGAGUGCGAUGACGCACGUGCCACACAUCACGACUGUUCAUGCAGCUAGUGAGCUCGUCCGUCGUCUCAACCCCUGCGUCAUCCAUCAUCAACCUCACUAUUGUCUUGAUUGGCCUCCCUUUCCCUGGUUGCCCAUGCUUUGGCUCCCAUAGGAUCACCCGACUUGUUUGCAGUUCAGGGUGUCUGUAGCAAGGUGCUGUUUAAAGUGGGGGGUUGGUUCCCCACCCCCCUUUUUUGUCCCC